GCUUGUCAUGCGUUGAAUUUGGUAUGGUUGGGUGUGGUUUUGAUUAUUUUAUUUCCUGGCAGCUGAACGGGUUUGUGACGUACAAAGUACCGCCUAAUAAGUGCUUAAACAAGCCUUUGCUGAUUGAUUAAAAUUUCCUUUUUGAGUCUCUCGUUUGUAGGCUUGCCAGUAGGUACCUACGCACCUUCACCAAUUAGCACAUUGACUAGGCACCUACCUCAUCUGCUGUAUCUGCAGCAGUGAUACAGCUUGGUGGCCUGUGCAGUAACAGCUGGGUGAUUCCACAAUGGCUGAUGGACGGCUCUCCAACACGCUCAUCACUGCCUCAUGGCUGACGCUCAUCAGCCUGCUGGCUGUGGUCAUUGCCUUUGCCACACCACACUGGCUUGAAACAGAUGGAUCACUGGAUGAGCCCAAGUUUGUCAAAUUAGGGUUGUGGACGGUUUGUUUCGACAAGUUCCAGGAGCGACUGCGCCUGUACGACACCGAGUUCUCCGGCUGCCGCUGGGUUCUGGACGAGGAGUACCAGAUCAUCGACUACCUGGUCCGGCCACCGUUUUUCGUGGCGGUGCAGCUGUUUUUCACGCUCUGCUUCUUGGCCUGCCUGCUGGCCGGUGUGAUGGUGAUGGCGGCCGUCUGCUGCAUGGAACACGAACGCGAGGGCAGUUUCCUCAAGGCCACCUCAUUUGUGCUGGGAUUCGCAGCCGUUACGGGCACCAUAGCGGUCAUCACGUUCGGCGCGCUCGGUGACGAGAGGGACUGGAUGCCCGACUACGACCACAACAACCUCUCCUGGAGCUUCGGGCUUGGCGCCGUGGGCUCUGUACUGGCCGCGCUGGGCGCCAUCCUACUCUGGGUCGAGUCGCGCGUCCAACUGCGACUGCUGCGGCUGAGGCGUCCAGUGGCCAAAGGGCCGGCGGCCGUCACCUCAACCAUCUGAGCGGGGCGCGGUCGGCUCGGUUCUGCUCUACUUUGCCGGCAUCCUCUACUGGGUGGAGGCGCGGCGCGAGACGAAAAACUCCGACUUUGGCUUCUCGGCGCCGCCGGUGGCCUACGAGUCCUCGUCGCAGGUGUGAGCGGCCCGAGUGGAUGAUGUGUGCGGGCCUGAAGUUGAACGCGCGGGAUCGGGCCGGCUAGACUCUGACUGGGCGUACCCCGUCUCGGUCACUGCCGACUAACCGGGACGAAGGCAGCGUCUGACGCGCUCCCCGGCGCAGCGGACUCGGCGUCUAACUGAGCUCCAACAAACACUGCCUCUGAGAGGCACCGGCUCAGCCAGUCGGCCAUGAGUGAACGAGCGAAUGUUAUUUUCGUAACGAGGAAUCUCUGCUUGAUCGGUCUAAACAUUUACUUUCUGAUUAGUAUUAGGCAUUUGCACCAGUGUAAACAUCUGCUUUGACAUUCCUGUUUGACGGAAGAUCGCAGCAAUGUUAAUAUUACUCUCUUACAAUCAUGCGAGCAGUAGGUUUGUUGUGUGUUUUACUCGCGCUGUUUUCUUUUUUGAUCGAUUACUUCCGUUAUUGCUUUUUGGCAAAUGUUGCACAGUCUAGCUUAAGUUCAUAAUUCAACGUGUCUUUUAGUGCAUUUUACCCGCCUUUUCCGUCGCGUAUGUAAUAACAGAGCUGUAAUGAGCAGAGACAUUUAGCCACGGAGAUGCUGGAGCCAGUGCGCUCGGUAACGCUUUUCGUCCGUCCGUACAUCCGUCCGUUCGUCUGUACAUCCGUCCGUCCAUCCGUCAUUCGUUGACUGUGCCACAAGGCUUUGUAACCAGUUCUGUCCGUGUGCAGCCGGAGUUUAGGCUGAAUGGGGGAGUGUUUGAUCAGCAUCGUAUUUUUAUACGUCUGUUUCAUGGCAUUGUCCAGUGGAUCAACAGCGAGUGAGCUCAUGUAUUUUUAUCGGAUGUGCGUGCUGUUAGGUAUGCUGCAUAGUAGCGGGCCAUUCGUUGUGCAUACGUGUUUAUAGCGGAUUUCCGCUAAGUCGUUAGAUGGUAGCACAAUAGACGCACAUUUCCAAGCUCAGAUUGACAGCGAAUCUGUGUCCUUUCGAAUCUGCAUCUUUGUUUGAAUCUCCUGAUGGAUCUGUUAAUCUGUAGAUACGCACAAUGCGUCACAUCACUGAUACCGUCUAACGUUUCGCUCAUCGUUCCCGAUCAUGUAUCCGAAGGUUGGGACUUUUCAGUUAGACAAUCACUAUUAUUAAGAAUUGUGAUUUUCUAUUGAAAAUUCCAACCUUAUCUUUUGAAAUACAGGUAAAAACAUUUUUUGA